UCAAAAUCGUGUAUGCUCUUUGCCAGAAUAGCAGGUUUUGACGAGGUCUCAAACAAGAAUGACCUUCAGCUGCAACGUUUAAGCAGCAGGAGGAGACAUGGGUGUAGUCUGGGAGACACUAAGUUUUAUUUUAAAAACGGUAGUCUUUAGCUCAACUGAAACGAGUUUGCCGCUAACGUUAAGUUGACAGUCCUGGGAGGUUCAUACACAAGGAAGUAGACUGCAAGGAUGGCGCUUCGGACCGUUGGGAGUCGUUUGUCGCACUUUCCCAGGACCUGUUUCAAGACUGUCUCUAUCCAAACACUUGGAUUUGCCAAAUACAAAACAACCUGCCCUGUUGAAGUGAGCCAUCUGGACCAUUUGGUACUAACAGUGAAAAGUGUGCCAGACACCGUCAACUUUUACACCUCAGUCCUUGGCAUGGAGGUCAUCACUUUCAAGGGAAACCGUAAGGCGCUGGGUUUUGGGCAGCAGAAGUUUAACCUUCACCAGCUGGGUAAGGAGUUUGAGCCCAAAGCCAAGCAUCCCACCUCAGGCUCUGCAGACCUGUGCCUCAUCACCAAAACCCCUCUGGCUACAGUAGCUGCACAUCUGAAGGUAUGUGGGGUUGAGAUUGAGGAGGGUCCAGUGGAGAGGAGUGGAGCUGUGGGGACCAUCAUCUCUCUUUACUUCAGAGAUCCAGACCACAAUCUCAUCGAAGUGUCAAACUAUAACCAGUCAACACGAUCUUCUUGACACUUCUUUGGUCUUGUUUGGGAAUGCAUAUAAAUAUUUCCAAACCACUGCACUAACUAUGAAGUUCUUGAGACCAAAGUGACAUAACAUCAGCUGGCUGCGCGGACACUGUUCCUGAGUUGUUUUGCUGAUUAAUGGUUACUGUUUUAAUUAUGCGUAGAAAAGGCUGUUUUAGCACUCAUAAUUCAGAAUAAGAAGUCAUCAACUGAAGAUUUUAAAGUAUGUGAUCAAAUAAGUACUUAAAAAGAUUUUUUUUUAAAUUUGUGCAAAGAACUGAACUGAAUCAUUGAUUUUACAACUGAAAAUAAAAGUUUCUUGCAUGUAC